AUGGCUCUCUCUUUCGGUCCGCCGGUUGGACUCGCGUUCCUCGCCGUCGCCUCCAUCAUCGUCCAGAUCACCGCAGAGCUCGGCGGACAAGACCAGCUCGCCUGGGUCGUGGGAUCGUGGUCCCUCUCGACGGCCUGCUCCUUCUCUCUGGCGGGACCCCUCAGCGACGUCUUCGGGAGGAGGAUAUUGGUCCUGGGCGGCCAGGGUGCCGUUGCUGUCGGCUGCAUCGCCGCGACCGCCGCGCAGAACAUCUCGACCCUCAUCGCCGCCGAGACGGUCAUUGGUCUCGGGACCGGCUUCGUCUUCGUCUCCUACGCGGGCGUGCCUGAGAUGCUCCCCAACAAGUGGCGGUCUCUUGGUCUGGGCAUACUGGAAUCCGGCAUCGCCGUCCCCUGGCAACGUGCCGACCACACCUCCUCCACGAUCUUGGAGACGAUUAUCAGACUGGGCGUGUUCAUCUGCCGAAAGGGAGCCAAGGUGGCUAACUUUGGAAUCACCCACAGGGGCAUCCUCUCCGUACUGCUCGGCAACGCCCUCUACAAGUACGCCUCGUGGAGGUGGAUAUUCGGCAUUGGCAUCAUCAUCGAGCUCAUCGCCCUGCUCGGCACUUGGUUCUCCUACCAUCCGACCCCGCGGCCGCGGGGUGACUUCGACAAGACCCGCACGCAGCAACUCCAGGACGUCGACUGGGUCGGCCUGGCCCUCUUCACAUCCGGGCUGGCGGUGGCCCUCAUCGGCCUGACAUGGGGCGGCACCCCGGCCUACCCGUGGGACAGCGCCGGAGCCAUCGCGCCCAUCGUCGUCGGCCUCGUGGUCUUGGCCCUGGGCUUCGCCUACGACUUCAAGGUCGCCGCGCGCCCCAUGUUCCCGCUCAAGCUCUUCGUCAUGUUCCGGCGCUACUCCGUCCUGCUGGUUGUCCUCUUCGUCUCGGGCAUGAACUUCCACGCCAUGUCGGCCCUGCUCCCCCAGGGCUUCUUGUACAUGUUCACCACCGACGGCAUCCAGAUCGGGACCCUCUCUCUGCCCAACACGCUCAUGAUUGGCUUCACAGGCGUGCUCGCGCCUCUCAUUGCGCACAAGGUGGGCCACAUCAAGUGGCAGCUCGUCAUUGGCAUGGCCUUCCAGGCCGUCUUCAUCGGCGCCAGCGCGGGAACUGUGUAUCCCAACCACAAGUUCGCCUACGCCUUUGUGCCUGCUAUCGGUGUGCCCAUGUUUGUCUGGGUCACGAUCCUGUCGUACGCGAUUGCCAGUCUCCACGUUCCUCAUUCGAAUCUCGGAGUGGCAAUGGGUCUGUUGGGCACCUUCAGAUCAGGAGGCGGCGCCGUUGGCAACGCCCUCUUCAACACAAUCUUCCAAGAGAAGUUCCGUGAGUUCGCCGGCGAGGAAGUCACAAACGCCGCUGUCAGUAAUGGGCUGAACCCUGCGGACCUGGGCCUCAUCAUCCCGGCAGCGAUCCAGUACAACAUGGGCAACCCCCGAGCACUAUUGAACGUCCCCGGCAUCACACCCGAGAUUCAGGAGGCUCUCAGGGUGGCUGUACGGGCCGGAGCCGGGCACGCCUUCAAGAUUGUGUUUUAUGUUACCAUCCCGUUCAGCGUUGUCGCGCUGCUGUGCUCUCUUUUCGUUGAGGAUCCGACGGCUUACAUGACGAACCACAUCCAAUCUGCCAUGGACCAUGAUCAGGCAGCGCCGAGGCGUGGCAAGCGUGCAACGUCCCUUGAAGAGGGCCAGGCCAUUGAGUUUGAGACCAGAACGGUCCAGGUGGAACCCGCGGGAAAGAACUAA